AUGACUGCGAGGAGCAGCAGCAAACGACGGGGACUGCCUGCUGCUGCUGCAGCUGAAGGCGAAGCAACCGACGGAGCAGCAGCAGCAGCAGCAGCAACAGCAGCAGCAACAGCAGCAGCAGCAGGAGAAGAAGGAGAAUUUAGUGGCGGUGAGGCUGAAGAUGAGAAGAGCGAAUUGUGCAGCAGCAACAGGAGGAAGAACAGCAGCAAAAGCAGCAACAGCAGCAGCAGCAGCAGCUCUUCUUCUUCUUCUUCUUCAGAAGAAGAAGAAGAGACAGAAGAAGAGACAGAAGAAGAGACAGAAGAAGUCGGUAUUGCUCUGCAGCUGCCUCAAAGAAGCACUCGAGGCAGAGGAUAUAAAAAGUUAAUCGGUGAAGAUGAAGAAAGAGAUGCAGCAUUCUGGAGCCACGACACUUGGGCGGAGGAGACAGAAGAUGAAGAGUACGAUGCUGCUGCUGCUGCUGCUGCAGCACAAGAAGAAGAAGAAGCAGAAGAUGAAACAGACAGCGACUUCGAUGAUGCAGAGACAGAUAGCAGCGACGACGACGACCAGCAGCAGCAGCAGCAGCAACAUAGCAGCAAAAAGAAAAAAGAAGACCCUUCUGAUGAAGAGACUGCUGCGCAAAAACGGAGACAGAAAAAACAAGCAACAACAUUUUAUCAGCAAGCAAUGAAGAGGAGAGAGCAGCAGCAAAAACGAAAGCAGCAGCAGCAAAAGCUCAAACAACAGCAGCAAGCAGCAGCAAAGCCAUUCGGAAGCAGCAGCAGCAGCAGCAGCAGCAAGGAUCAGCAGCAGGAUAUGACGCAGGAAGAACAUCUGCUGCUCGCAGAUAAAACAGAAAGAGAGACAGCAGAGAGCUUGGUGCUGCUGCAGCAGCACAGAGAGCUGAGGCAGCUUAAUCAUACACUUAAAAAACUAAAAUAUCCUGCUGCGCUGCAGAUGCUUGUCUCUUGGUCUUCAUACUUGCAGGUCGGCCCCCCUCCUGAGGAGACAGCUGAGGAGACAGCUGAGGAGACAGCAGCAGCAAAUGCUGCAGCAGGCAAUGCUGCAGCAGCAGCAGCAUCAAAUGCAGCACCCAAUGCAGCAGCAAAUGUAGCAGACGCACCAAAUGCAGCAGAUCAUCAGCGUAAAGCGCUUGCAGCAGCAGCAACAGAUCCAGCAGCAGCAGAUGCAGCAGCAGCAGAUGCAGCAGCAGCAGCAGCAGCAGAAGAAGAAGAAGAAGAAGAAGAAGAAGUCUAUGAGAAGGUUUUGUUAAUUUGUACAGACGGCACACUGCCCGAUAUUUAUGAUGCUGUACCCCCACCAUUUACUGGAGAAGCUGCUCGUUAUUUAGAUCCUUUAACCCGCUGCUUUUAUUCGUCUGCAAGUGCAUUUAAACAAAUAAGAGAGGCCUUUCACCGCAUGAGAGAGAGAGAGGUGUAUAGACAGCUGCGAGAACUAGACCAAGCUAUAGAGACACAAGAAGAGAAGAUUGCAUAUCUCUCGCAAGCAGCAGCGCGCGCUCCGACGGAUUCAACUUGGGGGCCCCCAGCAGCAGCAGCAGCAGCAGGGGGCCUCGCAGCAGCAGCAGGGGGCCUCGCAGCAGCAGCAAAAGGUGGAGGCGCCCAGAAGAAAAGGAAGAGGGGAGUAAAGGCUUAA